CACAUCACCUGCCACAAUGUCAAAGAAGUGAGUGACACUGGAGCCAUCUGCUUGCAGCUCAACGAGUCCAACACUUGUAAACACUUUUUAGAGAGGAAAGGAUUGGAUUUAUGGAGAGCAAUCUGUGAAGAGAGCACCCACCCCGUUCCCUCCCCAUGCCAGAUCAAACUGGCUAAAUCCGAGGUGGAUCAGGACUGUAUGCUCCUCAUCCUCGUGGGAGAGAGAGAUCCUGCUCCAGAUAUGCUCCAGAAGUCUCAUUGGGAAAAGUUUGGAAUAAAAUCCCUUAAACAAGGGAGCGUGAGGAACCACCAGGACUUUUCACAGAAGACUCUGAUUGCUUUGGUCACAUCUGGACUCUUGCUGGCCUUCCUGGGCCUGGCUGGGUAUUACCUGAUGAGGCGACGGAGCUGGAGCCCCACGGGAGAGAGGCUGGCUGAAGACCCAUAUUACACGGAAAACGGCAGCCAGGGGAACACGAUGCUGAUGACACCAUCCCAGGAGCCAGCAGAGCUGCAGGAGAAGCCAAACCUCAACGGUGGGACACAGGAGAAUGGGACUGGCCAAACCUCCUCCAAAAAUGGGCACUCAGCCAGGCAGCACAGCCCUGCUGACACCGAGAUGUGA